AUGAAUGGGCUCUGGGGCGUGUCUCUGCAAAUAUCAGGGCUCAGAUGUUAUUCCUGGAAGGUAGUGCUGACCUUGGAGUCUCUCCAGUAUACCACGGGCAUGGGAUUGGUCUGUGGGCCUAAUGGGGCGUUGCUGGUUCUUCAGCCCUUUUCACCGAUGUGGAUAGGUCCACCUGACUCUAGCUAUCUCCGCAGGGCCUGCUUUAGCUGCCAUUGUACAAACAUCGCACCAGACGAGCCCCGAACCCCUGCUGUCCAAAGGCCUGCCUGUGUUGUAGAUAUAGGGGAGGACGAAGUAGGUGGGCCCGUCCCGAGCUAUCCCCCAAAUCCUCGAUAUAAGAUUAGCACCACAGCGUCCGGUGACUUGGUCGAAGAAGACGAUCCUCCGCUCUAUGAUCUGUAUCGAUGCAACGAAUACAUGUACGGCAAACCUAUCUUCGCAGAUUGUGAUGACGCCUAUGACGAAAUGGAACGGUACCAGAACGCUUGGGAAGCUGCGCAGCCUGCUGACAAGGUAAAUUAUCGUCCGGCUACUUUUGUGGGUAUUGGCCGGCUGGCAGAUUUCAAUAGUGUGUACGGCGCGAACUAUGACCCCGAACUCGUCCAACUUCCAGUGGCUCGGACAAACGGCACAUGCACUAUCACUAUCAUGCAACUCGAAAGACGACAUAUGCCUAUUUUUGCAACAGAAGAUUGGGACACUCUGCUCGUAAACAUGCAGGAUGUUAUGUUCAACUGUGUUGAAGACCAAGGUAUCGGAGGAUGGGUAGAAACCGGUAAAUCGCGUUACAUAUUCGAAAGAUUUGUCUGGCUAAACAUUACCCAGGCGACCUUGGAACUGGUGAAGACGCCUCACUGGGGGUCUUCGUCUAUGGUCCCAACUCCCGAUUCCAGCAACUCCUCGACAUCAAAUUCGCUUGUACGACCGACGCCGAGGGAAAACGCGGAAUGUCAAGAUACUGACGACGACGACGACGGGGCCGACGACCAACGGCCAUCCAAGACACAAAAGACGGGCGAAUGGGCGCCCGAAGGCCAAGGGGACGCCGGACAAGGCGGAUCGAGUGACCCCCAACCUCCCGCCACGCAACAAUGCGAAGUGCCUUGCUCCCACCCAUCCGACUGCGACACAACCAACAACUACCUCUGCACUUCGAGCUCCCCCCUCCCCGACGACCCGCCCAUCGACCCAUCCUUCCGAGCCUUCUGCUGCCAAUUAGUGACGGAGCUUAGCGAUUCCAUUGCCGCCAGCCAAGCGCUUGGACCCAACACCUGUCGCGAUCGCUGUCUCCUCGCCAACACCACGGCUAACGCGACCACUUGGACGAACGGCACCACUUGGACGAACACCACGUUGGAAAUCCUUGCCGUGCCUGAUCAGUCAUACCCGGGUUUAGCGCUUGAGUGUCCGUGUAAUUGCAAUUAUGUAUCGCCUGCGUGCUGUCUUUCGAUCGACGGUGUUGUGUUCGAAGAUCCGAGCGAGAAGAGUCCACUGGGGGUACAGGCGCCGAAUAGAACCGUGUGCUGUGAUGGAAUGACCGGGGGUUGGAGGAAGGCGGCUGUGGUAAGGGAUGGUUAUGCUGGGGAUCCGGCGUGCCCGAGUACCCCUAGUGGGGUGACUGAGCUGGAGUUGACCAACGCGUGA